UACUUCUCAAUUAUUUACUCAGGGACGGACUACGCGAGAACCAUUCACAGAUCUAUCUCUAUCUCAACAACAAUGGCGUCACGAUGUGCGAUCCUAUGUGAGAUUCUAUUAGCCGUGUUUCUUCCUCCAAUUGGAGUUUGCUUUAGGCAUGGUUGCUGCAGCGUUGAAUUCUUCAUCUGCUUGAUCUUGACGAUCUUAGGUUAUAUUCCUGGAAUUAUUUAUGCUUUGUACGCGAUUCUCUGUGUGGAGCAUGAUAUGUACCGCGGAGAUUACUAUCGCCCACUCGCGUAACCGUUUUCGCUUCAGUUCUUUGCUCAUGAUAUCUUGUGGUUUACAUUAACGAUGAUAUGUUUUUGAAUAGUGUGGUGAAUACAUUUGUUUGAAUUUGGUCUGUAAUUAAACUCUCGUUUGUAUUUCGGUAUUAUAAGCAUGUCUCUAUUGAAACAUUAUGCGAUUCUAUUUGUAAUCGUUGCUUCUGUGUUUCUGUUUAUGAAUUAUAAUUGCUGCAAAACAUAGUGUUGAAUGAUUUUAUAUUUGA